AACUAAAUCGAAACGGAGGGAUUAAUAAACAUAUUUUAAUACUAAAGGAAAAUUUGAAAAAUAGCACCAUCAAUACAUCACAUUUUAGAAUUACCACCUCGAAUGAUUUAUUUUUUUAAAAAAAUUUAUCACCUACAAAAUCUCAAAACAUCAAAUUUACCACCACUACUUUGCCCAAACCUUCAUUGACGACGUCAUGUGGGGUCACCAACGAAUUUUUCUGUUCUAUUUCCCUCUUUUUUCCUCCCCUUCCCUCGAUUCUCCCUCUCUGUUCUUCAUUCUUCAUAAAAUUCUCUCUUAGUUUAGGUAAAACUUCCAAUUAAUGUGUAAUAAGGGUUUUUGCAAUCAAUUUGGGAUUUUAAAAUCCUAAUUACACAUACUUUUUUUUUAAAGCAAUUACACAUACUUGAAUGCAAUAAUUGGAUUUUUCGCACAAAUUCAUAGAGAAUAUUAGGAAGAGUGAUGAACAGAGAGUGUAAAUCGGAGAAUCGAGAGGGAAAUAGAAAAGAAAACGCGUUGAUGGGCCCCACAUGACGUGAAGGUGGUACUCCCUCCGUGUUUUAAAAAGUGUUACACUUGCCUAAUCCGAUCGUGUUUUAACAAUUGAUAUUUUGAAGAUUUGAAGGUGGGUGGUAAAUUUUAAAAAAAAAUCAUUGGGGGCGGUAAUUCCUAAAAAGUGAUGUAUUGAUAGUAGUAAUUCCUACUGUAUUCAUAUUUUGUAUUUUUUAACUUGUUUGUAGUUUGUUUAUUAUUAAAUGUUCAUAUUAUUAUAAGUGACUAAUUGGGUUUGGGCGUGCAUUUUUUACGGGCUUGGUCAAGCACUUUUCUUAUGAGGAGAUUAAGGCAUCUUUUAGAAAGCUUGCUAAAGAAACGCACCCUGACCUCGUUUCUUCUGCGGAUACUGAUACUGCUGAUUCGAAACGUUUCAUCCAAAUUCUCGCUGCUUAUGAGGAAAUUUUCAAGCUGUAAAGAAAGCUCUCUUGUCUGUUUCAAGUUGUCUCCAAGAGCACACCAAAGGUGACAUGUUUGAAGUACCAUGGUUGUACUUUUGAAGUGGUGAAAGUAUGACUGACAAGCUAAGAGUGAAGAAAAUGACUCAAGGUGCUACAAAGAAGAAACGGCAGCAAAAGAAAAAGAAUUCAAAGGAUAAAAUUUCAGAGGAUGAAAUAACAAAGAAGAUUUCAGCUUUGUGGGAGCAAGAAAGAUUACAAGAGUGCUUGGAUUUUAUCAUUUCUCUUGAUGAUGAGUGGUUGAAAAAUUUAAAAGUCUAUUCUAUGAAAGUGCAUGCACUUGUAGGUUUGAAACGGUUUGAAGAGGUAUUGGCUUUGCAAAAACGACUCGAAGAAUUUGGACAUAAAACGACUUUGGCACUUGGUGAAUGGUUUAUGUUUGCUUAUGCUAACAGAAAGCAAAAUAAUAUUUUGGAAGCAUAUCUCCUUUAUAAAUAUGUGCAUGAUCAGAAGGGUGCAGUCUGUGUAGAUGAUGAAGCAUUCAAAAACUGUCUCAAAUGGAUAAAAAGACUACAACCGAAAGUUCAACCAGAUUUGGAUAGAAUUGCAGUGGAAAGAGCUAGUAAAUUUUUGGAUGAUGAGCGUGCUGCCUCCUCUUCCACCAAGGCUCCUGCCUCCUCUUCCACCAAGGCUGCGACCUCUUCCACUCAAGGCUGCAUCCACCCGACCAAGGCUGCAUCCACUCCGACCAAGGCUGCAUCCACUUCGACCUUGGUUGCGUCCGCUUCGACUUUGGCGAUCCCUUCUUUGACCUUGGAUCCCUCAUCUUUGGGUGUGGAUGCCUCUUCCCAAAAAAUGAUGAAGUUUACAGAGGAUGGUGUGAUAUACUUUGAAAUGACCCAGCUUGAUGAAUUUUCAUAUCUUGGUGUAAUGAAGAUAGGCGGGAGUUCUUUUCCCAAGUCGUAUAUCAAAAUUGGCGAGAAUUCUACUUCAGAUGUCUCAAUUAGGCUUAAGAAAAACUCAUGCCUAUUGAAAAUUGAAUUUUCAAUGUAUUUCCACUCCCUUUCCAGUAGGGUAGCAAUUGUUGAGCCGGUCCGUCCAGUAAAAGUGUUCUUUGAAUUGAAGCUUGAAGAUUUCAAAUCGGAAGCAAUGGCUCAAACUUGUAAAAAAUGGUGGGAAUAUAUCAAAGACGACUUUCUAUCAAUAUUUCGAGGCGUAAUAUGUGGCAUGCUUGUCAUAUAUUCAGAUCAAAAAGUCUGUAGUGAUCUGGAAAAAUCACUCUACGUUACUGAGGAGGGAGAAGCCAAAAUAUUGCAUAUUUCUCAAGAAAAAUUUACAUUCAGUCAAGCGCAAAAAGAAGUGUCUGAUUUGUUGUCCAUUAUUGAAGGAGUCAUUACUUUGAUAAGACCAAGAUCAAGACCAGAUUUGGAAACUUGGCGUAAAGAAUUUGAGCUAUCUUAUGAACUGCCUUUAGAAUUAGGUCAUUUUUUAAACAGCUUAAGAGUCAGGAAAAUAUGUGAUAACAUUCAUCCAAUGUUGUUGAUUGAUCACCCGUUUAUCUGGUCGAUAAAUCAUCGGGUUUCAUUCAUCCAGUCUCUUGAAGUGGCUAUUAAAGAAAGGUUAAUCAAUGAGAAGGCUUUCAAUAAUGAAAUGACUCCGAAUUUUAGGACUCAAAAUUGGAGGAUUGAAGUCUCAAAUGACUUGUUAUUGUCAGCAACUUUUAUGUUAAACCAUUUCGUGUCAUUAAUUUUAUUCAUGCAGUGUUUUCCCAUGCUAAUGACUAUCAAUAUGAUACUAUACGCGGGAAAAAGGGUGGUUUGACUCUUGAGGAAAGAGAAAGUCUAAUUACAAAAGUGUUUCCUUCAAUAUAUACAACACUUUAUGACGCCCUGUGUGAUUAUGCAAAAAAUUCUAGUUGGGGAUAUACAGAGUCAUUUUCAGAUGUUCUUAAAAGAUUUUCAAGUUGUGGAUCUCAAUAUUGAUUUCCUGUUCCUGUUUGCAGGUAGGUGAAGGGGGUCGAUAAAUGAAUUGAUCCACUAGAUGCAUACCCUCUGAUGUCUGCAACACUAGUAGCAAGCCUGAUUUAUUUUUUGGU